UAUUCAAAUAUUACUUGAAAAAAAUGAGAAGUUAUCAAGAAAUCUGUGAAGAAAAAAUCGUUGCUAUAGCUACAACUAAACACAGUUUGAUUUAAACAUUUUGAUUAGAGUCCUCAAAAUUAUUAGUGAAAGAAUUAAGCAGAAAAUUACAAACAAACAUCAAUAUGUCUAGCUGUCCCCCUUGCUGUCCAAAUCUCCCUUGUUGUGCACCUUGUUGUAUGCCUUGUUGUGCUCCAUGUCCCCCCUGUGUCUAUGUACCAUGUAUACUACCGUGUUCACCAUGCUGUUCUCCUUGUUGCGUAGGACCUUGUUGUGAACCUAAGAAAUGUUAGUUCGUCUGAUCAAGAUCUACACUCGUUUACUCUAAGGAAAUUAUAAAAAAAGGUCGAUGAGGACUGUCAAGGCAAGUGCAAGAGAAGAUUUAUA